CAACCAUGGACGGCUCUGAUCCUGCCUUAUGCAAAGAGCACCAUUCAAGCUAUGUUGCCCCACCACCAUCAUCAACACCAGCGGUCAAUUCUACUCCCGUGACGUCCAGUCCGCAAUCCAUGCAAGAGAUACCCCAACCCCCACCAGCCAUGUUGCAUCGAAACGCAGUGGAGAUAUUUCCAACAUUACAAUCGCAUCAUAAUGAAUCGGGUUACUCUGUCCUCACCAGUAAUUCAGAAGUAUCCAUCCUACCUAUGUACACCCCGCCUACACCCUCCACCGGUGCCAUUAUUAGGCCUAUGACUCGGACUGAAGUGGACUUACUUCGCACUCGUUACGAAGAACACCAUGCAAAAUAUCUUCGACAUCGCAAAACCUAUGUGAUUGCUUUGAUAUUAAUAGCCAUAGCUGCUAUGAUCUUGGUGUUGGUAGCAUUUAUGGUUUCGUCUCCCCACAUUGUGUUAGCUGUCGGGAUUGUUCUAGUAGUGAUGUUCGUAUGCAUGAUUCAUCGGAUGACGGUCCUGAGGGAUGUGGUGAGGCGAGAACGUGCGUUGUUGGAUCUGCAUGGAGACCCCUAUAGUCCUAGUCGGCCCAUCCAUCGACGACAGUACCCUCUUCCCGACGACCAUUUCCUGGUCAUCACCGAGACUAGCCAAGGACAAGAACGUCGUACGUUGAUCUCUGGACCUCCCGAGUACGACACUGCCACCGCAUUCCCGCCAGCAUAUCUACCCAAGAACCACCAAAGUCAAGGAGAGCCAAUGGAGGAAAGGACGAGUUAACUAGGGCAUAUCAUUACCAAUAUGAAUAUAAUAUAUAUAUCUCUUAAGUAAUAGCAGCGAUAGUGUACAUGCAUGUGUAGGAAAGCUAUAAAUUUUAUUACUGGGUGCUGACAAUCUACGGCCCAGACCCUUAGAUAUGUUUAAUUAAAAGUGCUGUAAGAAAAAAAAAAAUUCAAAUGUCCCGUCCAUCUGUGAACAUGGAGUGGGGGGGGAGGUUCUCCACUAUGAAAAAGAAGUAGUUUCAGCAACACGGUGACGCGCAAGCUCAUUCAACCCAGCGACGACUUCUUCGAGUUGUCUACGCUUGUCUUGAGCAUCCAGCUGAGCCAUGAUAUGGGGAUUUUCUCGGGCGAAUUUGGCGAUCUGCUGCUGAUCCAUGCCGUAGACUAACCGAUCAUCCACUUCACGGGAGAACUCAAAGAAGAAUUCAUUCAAUAGCUCGACUUGUAGGAACAUGGACGCCUAA